AUGUAUUGUUGUUUGUUGGAAUUAUUUGUGCCACUGUCGAAUCCCGCGCGCAUUGAAACUCUGUUUCUUCCCUCUCCAUUGACUCCAACUUCGAUGAGCGAUACGAACGCGCAACUAAAUUCCAUGCCUUCAGCAGAAACAACGACAUCCACUGCUCCUACGAACACAUCUACAGGCCAGACGUCGCCGUCAUCGUUACUCCCACCACCAGAAUCGCCUGGCAGCGGUCAAGAGAUCACCUAUUUUUCUCAAAACUCGUCAAAUCUGCAAACAAACAGUUAUACCAGUCAUGCCCAAGCAUCACCUAUCCCUCACAAAUCUCCCGCCGGACCCUGCUAUACGCGGGAGGAACUAUUUCACCUCAAAAAGAGUCCUCUCGUGGCUCCCCCGCCGGGUAUGCCGUCACGUAAAGAAUGGUUUGGGGAAUACAGCGAACAAGCAAGUAAAUCCAAGGAUCACGAAGGUCUCGCGGCCACCAGAAUGAG